AUGGAUUGCAAGGAAAACGGUGUUAGUGAUCUUUCUGGGUGUGACUCUUUGUCUGGCGAUAAGAAUGCUAACUCUGAGAAAGCAAGUUCUGCUGGCAACGAUAUAGACUUAAGCUGUAGUUUGGCGACUUCCCAGGUUGAAUCGGUUGUAAACCCUACGAUGGAAGCUCAGAGGAAGUGCUCUAUAGAGGAUGAGGAAUUGGGAGAUGGAAACAGUAUCAGUAAAGAGCAUGAUGAAAGCUCUGAUGCUGGUCUAGCUGUUUGUUGCAAUGGUGAUGACAGUCAGAAGCAGGGAUUGGUUUCAGAUGAGCGUGAACAAAGUCAAGAAUUGAUCUGCGAGGCUGUUUUACAAAAUUGCAGCAAGCAGGAUGAUGGAAAGGAAGUUCAGGAAACAAACUUUUCCCCCGUACCCAUUGUUUCUGGGAGUAUGCAAGAGAAAGGGUCUGGUGGUACAAUAUUCCCUGUAGAGGGCGAUGAAGCAUAUACUGAAUUGACUUUUGUAAAUGAUGCACCUGAACAGUUAGAGUCUUUGGAAACCGCGAAGAACAGAAAAGAUGAUGAAGCUGGAAGUGAUGGUGGAGGUAGGGAAGGAAGAAAUGAAUCUCUGAGUGAUCAAGAUGCUGGUUCUUCUGAUGAUGUACCUUUCAUCCGGAGUUGUCAGUUUCCAGAUUCAAUAAUGGAUUCUGGAGUUUUCAGCUGCAGCACCACAGAGACUUAUUUGAAGGAUUCAACCGAAAUUGAAGGCAGUUUUCCUAUUGCGGUAUCCCCUUCAUUAGCUAUCCCAGAAAUGUUAAGUAAUAAUGGCGGUGGUCUAUGUUCAUAUCAUCUUGACGACAUCGCAGACACAGAGACGAUAGAUCCAGAUUUGAAGUUAGUACAUGAGGAUGAGGUUCAUACUAAUAUUUCCGAGAAGAAUGAAAAAAUGCUAAAGAGCCAUGUUUUGGACUCAUCAUGUGAAAGUGCUGUGGCUGCCCUGAGUAUGAACGGUGAUAUGGCUGCUGAUCUGAGAGCUGAAGAUUUGAGUCAGAUAUCACCCAUAGAUGAAAAUACAUUAGGUAUGGAAGCCAACUCCCCGAUUACUGACUCUUCUUUAUGGAGUAUUCCAUUGAAAUUGGGUAACGGGGGCAUCGGAGUUCAUAAUCAUGACAGCACAGUUGAGCCACCCACAAUAGUAGAUGGCAAUGGCAGAAUAGGUGGUGAAGUUGCUUCUGCAUCCGGAUCUUGUUUUUCAGAGACAGGCGUGUCUUCAUCCCAAAGGAGGGCCCGAGAUGGUCAACAGUGUAAUAUGGCGCAAACCAAAAGAAGUGUUCCUCAUCGGAGAAACUCCUCUAGAAAGAAACAAUCAGAAGGAGAACUUGAAUCUGUUUUCAACUGCUCAAGGCAGAAGAGGAGCCUUGUUUCAAAACCAGGCCGUUCAUCUCACUGGGGAUUACCAAGUAGGACCGCUGAAAUCUUCUUACAGAGCAAUAAUAUUACCUAUGAUGGACCUCCGCAUCACGAACCUCAGAAAUCACAGAGCAAUCCUAAAAAUGGAGAGCAUAAUAGUUCUCAUAACGGAAAUGAAGAAGGGUCUAGCAGAAACAUCCAAGCAUCAAGUGGCCCUUGCCUUCGUUUGAAGGUUAAAUUUGGUAAAUCAGGCGGCCAAAGUCCUGUGAACAUUACAGUCUCUAAGUUAAGUGGUAACUCUUUACCUGCUAAUGGUAUCGUUAAGGCGGGAGCAGGUUUAGAAUUAUCAGGGCCGGCAAAUUUUGUCAAGGAUAAGCUGCAAACUGAGGAAACUAGUGAACAUUUAGAAGAGAAAAGCAACCAAGACGCUGGGGGGUUAUGUAGGAAGCUGGGUGGUGAUGUUUUAGAUCAGGACCCACGCCUUUCCUCUAGUAUAAUGGUUGAAGGGUGCGAGAGGGCAACUGUAACCCUGUCUCUGGACGCGGAAACGUCACCAGAUUCAGAAGUUAUUAACUCUGUGCCUGAUUCAAUUGCCAAUAUUGGACUUAAAGGGGAAUUGCAUCAUGGUUAUGCCAGCACUCCAGAAGAUGUGGUCAACAAGAACAGAGGAUUAGAAAAAGAAGAUGAAUUGGUUGCUUUAAGAUCUCCUUUAGAAAAUGGUCCACAUUUAACUCCCAGCGCAAAAAAGGGUAAACACCCCAAGUCAAAAGGUAGUGGGACAAAAAAAGGGAAAUCCAAGGUUUCCAAAUCUUCCAAAGACAGGCGAAAAAAUGAAUCUCGUGAUGGGUUAGAGCAACGCAAAUCCACAAAUGGGAGUAUUGGAAGGGAUGAUAGUGGCUGUCAAGAAGUAGGGAGAAUAGAGUCUCACGAAACAACAGGUGCUCUUCUAGACGCUGAUAUUGGAAAAGCCAGUGCCAUUAAUGGCACCAUAUCGUCACAUUUGAUCCAUGGGGAAACGGUCAUGGACGUUACUAUUGAGGAUAGCUCUUCCGCUGAGAGCGCUUGGGUUCGGUGUGAUGAUUGCUAUAAAUGGCGACGAAUACCUGCUUCUGUUGUAGAAUCAAUUGACGAGAGCUCGAGAUGGAUUUGUAAGAACAACUCAGAUAAAGAGUUUGCUCAUUGCACAAUAUCUCAAGAGAUGUCAAACGAAGAUAUUAACGAAGAGUUGGGCAUAGGACAGGAGGAAGCCGAUGCAUAUGACUGUGAGGCGGCUAAAAGGGGUAAAGAGAAGGAACAGAAGAAAAAACGUUUGUCAGGUAAACAAAAGGCGUGCUUCAAGGCUAUAAAAACAAACCAGUUUCUUCAUCGCAACCGUAAAUCUCAAACAAUUGACGAGAUAAUGGUUUGUCACUGCAAACCCCCACCUGAUGGUAGGCUGGGUUGUGGAGAAGAAUGUCUCAAUAGAAUGCUUAACAUUGAAUGUCUUCAUAGUACUUGCCCGGCUGGCGAUUUAUGCUCAAAUCAGCAGUUUCAAAAACGGAAGUAUGUUAAGUUUGAGAGAUUCCAAUCUGGUAAGAAGGGUUAUGGCCUGAGAUUGCUCGAGGAUGUACGAGAGGGACAAUUCCUUAUUGAAUAUGUUGGAGAGGUGCUUGAUAUGCAAUCCUAUGAGGCUCGUCAGAAGGAUUAUGCUUCCGUGGGUCAGAAACAUUUCUAUUUCAUGACACUGAAUGGCAAUGAGGUAAUAGAUGCUGGUGCAAAGGGAAAUUUAGGGCGUUUCAUUAACCAUAGCUGUGAACCAAACUGCCGUACUGAAAAGUGGAUGGUGAAUGGUGAAAUUUGUGUUGGAAUAUUCUCCAUGCAAGACCUUAAGAAGGGUCAAGAGUUGACAUUUGACUACAACUAUGUGAGAGUUUUUGGUGCUGCUGCCAAAAAGUGCUAUUGUGGGUCAUCACAUUGCCGAGGUUAUAUUGGUGGAGAUCCUCUGAAUGGUGAUGUAAUUAUUCAAAGUGAUUCAGAUGAAGAGUAUCCUGAACUUGUGAUUGUUGAUGAGGAUGAAAGUGGAGAAGGAAUCUUAGAUGCAGCGUCUAGGAUCUUCAUUGAUGGUGCUGAUGUGCAAAUGUCGCAGAACUUUACUUCUGAUAAUUCCCAAUCACAGAGCUCAGUAUCUGUAAAACUUCCGGAGAAGGACGUUCGUCCAUCUCUUCAACCAACUGAAGUAUCGAAGGAACUUUCGACGGACAUGCCUGUUAGUGCUGUCCAGCAAGAGGUUUCUGUUGAAAAGAAGACUAAAAGCACAUCUCCUACGUCAGGUUCUCUCAGCAGACUGGCCUCGGAUGGUGCAGAUGCUGAUAAAACGGCAAAACAUGGAUUGGGUGAAGAUAAGAAGAUACUUCCACGGCCCCGUCCUCGUACGAAAACUUCUCGUUCAUCUGGGUCUAGUAAGCGAGACAAAGGAGGUAUUCUUCCUGGUGUUAGCAAAGCACAGAUUAUACCAGUCAAGAAGUCGCAACAGCAGCCCAUCAAAUCUAAAGGUGCAGAGGAAGUUUCUCCCAGCGGGCGAAUUGAAACAUUUGAAGGGAAGCUGAACGAGUUACUAGAUGCUGUGGGCGGGAUAAGCAAGCGAAGGGAUUCAGCAAAAGGCUACUUGAAACUACUGCUUCUCACUGCCGCUUCCCGAGGCAAUGCCAAUAAUGAAGGAAUUCAAAGCAAUCGAGAUCUUUCAAUGAUUCUUGAUGCCCUAUUGAAGACAAAGUCACGAACUGUUUUAGUGGACGUAAUCAACAAGAAUGGUCUGCAAAUGUUACAUAAUAUCAUGAAACAAUACCGUAGGGAUUUCAAAAAGACCCCAAUACUCCGAAAACUUUUGAAGGUGUUAGAGUAUCUGGCUACAAGGGAAAUUCUUGCACUGGAGCAUAUAGUCAGAAGACCUCCUUGUGCAGGGAUGGAAAGCUUUAAGGACUCUAUUCUAACACUCACCGAGCAUGAUGACAAACAGGUUCAUCAAAUCGCACGGAACUUUCGAGACAGAUGGAUCCCUAAGCAUUUUAGAAAACCUUGGCGCAUGGACAGGGAGGACAGAUCGGAGUCUAUGCGAUCCCCUAUCAACAGCAGAUUCAGAGCAUCACAAGAACCUAGAUAUGAUCAUCAUUCCCCAAGACCCGCAGAACCGUUUACGCCUGUCAUAUCAUCAGCGGCUGCAACUCCUGAAACAGCUUCUGCAUCAGAUGGAAGUUCAGAACCUUAUUCCAGUCUUCCCGAGACAAAUGGACGCAAGCGUAAAAGCAGAUGGGACCAGCCGUCUAAGACAAAAGAGCAAAGAAGCAUGACUCUCUCGUCUGAUGGAGAUCAAGACGACCUUCCACCCGGGUUUUCAUCACCCUGCAAGGAGGCGUCUGAUUCAGCAACCGCACAGCCGCAACAGAAGUUCCUUUCUCGGUUACCAGUCUCCUAUGGGAUCCCGCUUAGCAUCGUUGAUCAAUUUGGCUCUCUCGGCACAGAGGACCCGACUAGCUGGUCCGUUGCUCCCGGGAUUCCGUUCUAUCCAUUUCCACCUCUACCGCCUGUCUCUCAUGGUGAGUUUUUAGCUAAGAGAAACGGACCAGGAACAGUCUGUUCCUCCUCCAGUGAGAUCUUACCGGCUACAACUGUACCCAGCCAGUCCUCUUGGAACAUCCCAAGUGUUGCCGGGGCUGACUCAACCCCUCCAAGCCGGAAGAGAGAGUUUUCAGGUGAUAUAGGAACAAGUUACUUUCGGCAACAGAAACAGAACGUUCCUCCAUGGAUGCGGAACAACAACGGGUGGGAUAAAACAGCAAACAGCCCUAUACCUGAGAAUCUAACUAUAGAGAAGAAGCUCAACAGUUAA